AUGGCUGUAGCUGUCUAUAAUAGAUUCUACGGAUGUCGUGAGGAAAUGAUUUCCAGCAAACUGCUCCUGAUUGUGUUCUUCAUUUUUGCGUUUGUGUGCCCAACUUACGCCCAGUUUGGUAUGGGUUAUCCUGGCAUGGGCUAUCCCGGCAUGGGCUAUCCCGGCAUGGGUGGAAUGGGAAUGAUGAGGCCACCAAAACCGCCAAGAAGACCAAAACCACAUCAACUCAUGGGUGGUAUGGGCUAUCCGGGUAUGGGUAUGGGUUAUCCCGGUAUGGGGAUGAUUGCUCAUUUCAUUAUGAAGCUUCUGUGGAUCACUAUCGUUUUGGCUGCAGUUCUGAUGAUUUCACCAUUCUCUGUUUUGGCGGCCCCAAGAAAAACUCCUAGCCGAAUCGUCGGCGGACCAUAUGAUUUUUUCGGUCCCUGUGGAUCUGGUCGUAUUCCUUGCUUCCCUGGUCGCAAGUGA